AGGCGCCCGGGCGGACGACCUCCAGGCGCUGAGGGCCAAGCUGGCCGCGCCUUGGAAGCCGCAGGAUCGCGUGAAGGCCCUGGACAACCGGGUCAAGGAGUAUGAGUACAAGCACGGCAACUUGUCCCGCCGACUUCAGGGAGGCCCAGUCCAAGGCGACGCGGAGCUUGCCAUCCUCAAUAAGGCCGUGCAGGACGGCGAGGAGCAGCUGCAGAUCCAGAGCUCGGAGGUGCCCACCGUGGAGCUCAUCAAGAGCGGCGCCCGGGACUUCAUCGACUACGCGCUCACGGAGGUUGACCGCAUCGUGAAGGUGGACAACGCCGGGUCGGUCACCUCGUUCGACUGGAAGUCGCAGGGUCACUCCCAAGACGUCCCAGCCCUGCGGCGAUCCCAGGCCGAGCAGUGGGUCAGCCUGGAGGCCCAGCUCGACGCCAAUAUCGGCCGGAACUACAUGCGCGCGACCGAAGAGAUGGACGCGUCCCCGUUCGACGGCAGGCGACCGAACAAAAAGGCGCCCCUGCACUGGGGCGAGGCCGCGGCGGAGCCGCUGACGAGGUACAGCAUUGUAUGACCCGAAGGGCAGCUGAAGCUCGUGAGUGGCUCCACCAAUUUGUUUCACCUCUAGCCUAUUCCUCUUAUAAGUGCCCUGGCGCAGCCAGCAUUCAACGUGAUCGUUAGUACACAGGUGUAUGAGGGAUGCGCAAGCGAUCCAGUUUCAGUGUUUCGUCUCCGCGAAGCCCUCCAUCGCCCUCCCGGCGUGCCACCUUGCGAAGCCUGUGGACCCACUCGCUUCUGGAGCAGGUUGUCUGAAGGGCUUCGCCCUCUGCCGCAUGGCCGUGCUCGGUUGGUCAUUGCUUGGUGCUCCUGUCGGUCGGCUGGCUGGCAACUCGGCUGACUGGCUUUGUUGUCUAAAGUGAGAGUUGGGAACUCGCUUUGGCAGCUUGUUGGCUGGCUGCCUGCCCGCGUCCCCACUGACUCACGCAGGAUGGUGGCCUCCGGAGCGCGCUUCCACUGCUCACCAGGGCUCGAGGCCGCGGGAGCGCGCGGC